AUGCGGGACAGCAUGCGUGGUGUUGAUGAACUCCAUCCACUCAGAUCCGCAGAACUUUACCUGCAAAACUACAUUACUCAAGAUGUCUUAUGUGCUUCUUCGCCGGCGAAUAGAUCUCUCACGAUGGUCGUCGGAAUCGACCUCAACAAAGCGGACAUCGUCGGCUCUCUGUCACCAGAGCUCGACCUGCUCACGAAUUUGGCCUCAUUCAACGUCAAUUCCAACGGAUUCUGCGGCGGCGUACCCAAAACCUUCGCGAGGCUCUGGCUAGUUUUUGAGAUCAACCUGAGCAACAACCGAUUUUUCGACGAUUUUGGGGGAAUGCUGUUGAAGUUGUCGUCGCUCAAGUUCCUGAAUCUCUGGUCAACGAGUUCGAGGACCUCGUGCCGCCGAAGGUCUUCGACGAGGACCACGACGCAGUUUUCCUCAACCACAACCGAUUUCGGUUCUGUCUGUCGCUUAACUUGGAGGCAUUCAUCGAAAAUGGUGUUGAUCGAUCGGUACAUUUUUGGGGGUUUUGUUGCUUCUUUGUUUGGAUUCGUGUUGCUUUACAAUUUGCGUAGGAACGUGAGGAAAACUAAAGGUCCAAAGGGUGUGCCGGCGGAUGUGGGCUUUGCUAGGUCAGCCGACGGCGGAUUCCGGGAGGAUGCUGGCGGCGGUGACGCUGAUGUCAUCAUUGUCGGCGCAGGGGUUGCCGGGGCGGCUUUAGCUUGUACACUUGGCAAGGACGGCCGUCGAGUGCAUGUGAUUGAAAGAGACUUGACUGAGCCAGAUCGUAUAGUUGGCGAACUUCUACAGCCUGGAGGCUAUUUAAAAUUAAUUGAGUUAGGUCUUGAAGAUUGUCUAGGAGAUAUUGAUGCUCAACGAGUUUUUGGUUAUGCCCUUUACAAGGACGGUAAAAGCACCAAGCUAUCGUAUCCCCUCGAGAAAUUUCAUUCGGACGUUUCUGGAAGAAGCUUUCACAAUGGCCGUUUCAUACAGAGGAUGAGAGAGAAAGCUAAAACUAUUCCAAAUGUGAGACUUGAACAAGGAACAGUGACAUCCUUGCUUGAGGAAAAAGGAACGGUUAAAGGAGUACAAUACAAGACAAAGAAUGGUGAAGUCAUUUCUACUUAUGCUCCACUCACAAUUGUUUGUGAUGGCUGUUUUUCGAACCUAAGACGUUCGCUCUGUACACCCCAGGUGGACAUCCCCUCUUGCUUUGUGGGUUUGGUCUUGGAAAAUUGCGAGCUACCUUUCGCAAAUCAUGGUCAUGUUAUUUUAGCCGAUCCUUCUCCUAUAUUAUUUUAUCCAAUCAGCAGUACAGAAAUACGCUGUUUGGUCGAUGUUCCUGGACAAAAAGUUCCCUCCAUUGCCAAUGGUGAAAUGGCUAAUUAUUUGAAGACUAUAGUGGCUCCUCAGGUUCCACCUGAGCUGCAUAAUGCGUUUAUUGCUGCUAUUGAGAAAGGAAAUAUCAAAACCAUGCCCAAUAGAAGCAUGCCAGCUAAUCCUCAGCCAACUCCAGGUGCAAUUUUGAUGGGCGAUGCUUUUAACAUGCGCCAUCCAUUGACAGGUGGAGGAAUGACUGUUGCCCUUUCAGAUAUUGUCAUCCUUCGUGAUCUUCUCAGACCUUUACCAGAUAUAAAUGACGCGUCCACUCUUUGCAAGUAUCUUGAAUCCUUCUAUACUCUCAGAAAGGGUGCAUCUGGAAUCAUUUUCCCGAUUAUAAAAGCUGAGGGAGUUAGACAGAUGUUCUUCCCUGCCACUCUUCCUGCCUACUACAGAGCUCCCCCUGUUUAA